AUGCCAAGAAAACCUCGGUAUACCGUUAGUAAUGCAUCCGGAACUGUAGCUGGCCCUAAUAGUCAAACCCACGCUACUCCGCAAACGGAUGGAAUGCAUGAUACGGGAGCAGAUACUUCAAGUGCACAGCGACGUGCAAGAGCCCCUCCACCUCCACGUUCCGGCAACGGUGUAGAUGACCAUUCAGAAGAUGAAGACUAUGACUCGGAGGCGGAUGAGAUCGAGUCAUUCGAUGACCAUCUAGACAACAUAUUUGCCGCACAUGAAGUUGAACGUCAAGGCAAUGCCAACAGCAAAAAAAAAGACACUGAUUAUUGGGUUGUUGAUGUCAUAGAAAAUGGUGUGAUCUCUUCUAUGGAGCUGACUGUUAAGGAGGUAUUAGCACUUCCUCCUGGAAAGAAGAUCGUUCUACACCAUAACAGAGAGUUGCAACAAGUUGGCCAGGCAGUGGGCUUAUUGAGCGGGUUCUUGGGGACAUUGGGGUCUGAUUUUCAACAAUUACCAAUUUGUGCAAAGAGUUGGAAGACAAUGAGCAAGGCUUCCAAGGAGCAUGCGUAUGACCAGAUUAAGCGAGUAUUCCACUAUGAGGACGAUAAAAGAGGGUGGAUAAAGCGGGAAAUUUUACAAAGAAUAGGAAGCUGCUGGAGGAAUUCAAGAAAUCAUUUGUUCCAUAAGGUUUAUGACGAAGAACUAACUUUUGAGCAAAAUAUCAAACGUAAGCCAGUAGGAAUAGAGGCAAAUCACUGGAAAAAGUUUCUUCAAUAUCGGUUGGACGAGGACACGAAGGAGCAACGACAGGGAAGGCCUAUUGGGAGAGGAAAAGGAUGGACCAUGAGUCAUAAAAAAAAGAAUGGAAAGUAUAUGAAUGAAGAAGCGCGUUUGGUUGGGGAAGCAAUUGAACUUAUUGAGAGCCAAGACCCCUCUAGCAAGGAAUUUUCACAGAAUGAUUCCCUUGCACAAGUGCUUGGAAAGGAGUACCCAGGAAGAGUUCAUGGACUCGGUAUUGGUACAUGUCUGAGUCGAUGUUUUCGUAACAUUCCAGAGCAGUCGGACUACGGUGUACAGAUUGAGGAGUAUCAGAUGGAGAUUGUGAAACUCAAGGCGGAGGCAGCAGAACUCAAGGCAGCAGCAGCAGAGGAAAAGGCAAAGAGACAGAGAAUGGAGACAGAGGCAGCUGAAGGGAAGGCAAAAAUACAGACAAUGAGAAAUUUGUUGACAUACGUAAUCCAGCAACAAGGAAGUAAUUUGCCAUCUGAAAUAGCUGCGGAUUUAGAUUCUUUGAGAAGUGCACCAACCUCAUCCCAUGCAAGAUGA